AGAAAACCAAAACAGACCCAUGUGCAGUUACCAUAGAAUACGAGUUUUGAAUACAAUUUAGAUCUUUAAUCUUUUUUAAAAAUGUCAAGGGGAAGGGGCUCAUUUAGAGGGAAAAAGGGAUUUCCCGACGAAAUGAAACCAAACGGACCUAAAAUCGGCUAUUUAUCAGAAGAUGUAAUGGCUUACUAUCGAAAUGUGUCGUCAACUCUGGAGGGCGGUGGAGCUUUCGAUGAUGACCCUGUUUUGGAAGAGCAGUUCUUGAAGAAUGUCUAUACAACACUGAAAGAUGAAGCUAUUCAAGUAUCUCAAAACCAGACUGUGAGUCGAAUUCUUGAGAUGUUGUUUUCACACAGCCAGCCCUACCACAUGCAUGAUUUGUUCUGCCAGUUUUCAAAAGAGCUUUCAAUAGUGACAUUUGAUCGCUUUGCCAGUCACGUCUUCCAGUCCCUGAUCAGCUACUUGCCAGCUAUUUAUGAAAAUAAAGAUGAAGUGGAAAAGAAUCAAGGACAGUCUUCAAAUCUUCAUACUUCUGUAGAGCAGGUGUGUAAAUUCAUGGAGUCGCACAUGCGAGAUAUCAUGACACACACAUAUGCCAGCCAUGUGCUGAGAUCUUUUCUUGAAGCGUUGGGAGGUGUUCCUGUCAAAGAGGAAGUUGUAAGGAGUCGGGUGUCUCGGAACCAGCGCAAAGCUGAAACAGUUGGACCAGCAAAGUUCUCUUACAAGGCACUCAGCAGGGACUUUAAAUCAUCAUUUGAGUUGCUAACAGAUAAACUCAUGAAGCUUUGUAAUUAUGAAGACCACUUAGCAGACUCUAAUUACUGCCCAGUACUACAGACAGUCCUGCUUACUCUCCACAAGACAUCACCUGAAGCCUACAAUGAGCUGUCCAACACAAUUAUAGAGAAAACUUGCACAAUGACAGAGAGUGCAGAGUCUGCACCAGAUGAUGUCACAAAGAAGAUUCCAGACAUAGUACAGAAUGAGAUUGGCUCCUAUCUCAUUGAGCUGUUGAUCACACUGGCAGAUAAGAAAAAGCUGAAAGAACUGUACAAGCUCCUAUUUAAGGACAAGCUUAUCUACUUUGCUGCUCAUCCCAUAGCAAACUAUGUGCUACAGAAACUGCUGACUGUUGUUGACAGUAAAAUGUUUCAGAAAAUUUUAGCUGACAUAACCCAGUAUAUGGAAGAUAUUUUAGCAGUCAAUCAUAUUGGUGUGAUAACCAAGCUAGCUGAGGCUUGUUGUCGGACCAAUUCUGCCCAGGAGGAGUUUCUUGAGGCGCUAAUGGCAGCUUUCCACUGUAAGACACCAGAGACAAGAAAAAGCAAAAUUGUUCCACUUUUGGCCUCUCUACAAACAUAUGAGAUGUUUUAUAAAGAGGAUUCAAGCCAAGGAGAUGGGACAUCCAGAAGUCUUUUGAAGACUGUGAACUUCCAUGGCUCACUCAUUUUACAACAGGUUUUUAAUUUCACCAACACAAAGCUGGUUGCUUCAAGCUUGACCAGUCUCUCACCCACUGAGAUCGCAGGCCUCUGCUGUGAUAAAUGUGGAAGUCACGUGAUAGAUGUUUUCUUUCAGAGCGAGACUAUACCUGAUAAAAUUAAAAGCUCCUGUAUUAAAAACCUACAGGGGGUGUAUAUAAACAUUGCUUGCAACAGAAGUGGAUCACGCUGCCUGGAAAAUAUAUGGAAGUGUUGUUCUCUCAAUCAGAAAACUUUAAUAGCGGAAGAUCUAUCCAAGCAUCAGGAAAGGCUGGAGGGUGACCAGUGGGGCCGUUACUUGUAUGCAAAUUUUGCCAUCAGUAAAUUUGUCCAGCGUAGGAAAGAAUGGGCGGAGAUUCAAGGAGCAAACGCUAAGAAACAACAAAUACUUCAAGAAAUUUUGCAAGGCAAUGCUGGCAAGAAGAAAAGAAAACAAAAAUCUGGAGUUACAGAGGCAGCUCAAGUUGAAGAAAGUCAGCCAACUGAAUCACUAUCCAUAGACACAAAGACAAAAAAGCGCAAACAAGAAACAAAUGAUUCCACUAGUAAAAAUUCAUUUAAAAAAACAAAGCUAGGCACCCAAGAUAAUCCUGCAGAUGAGGAAGAAGUCCAUCCAAAGACACAGAGUGAAGAGACAAAACUUAAGAAAAGACAGAGAAGAAAAGAGAAGCAGAGAGUUGUCAGGAAUGUUGACACAGAUGACAGUGCUGCAGCAACUGGAGGGAGCAAGAAAAAGAAGAGCUCGGAGAAAACAAAUGUAAAUAGUAAGACCCUGGAUGAGGACAUUUCUCAAGUCAAAAAAGACAAGUCUGGAAAAAAGAAAAAGUUGAAAAAAUAAAUA